AUGGAGUACAACAAAAGCACAAAAGCUUGUCCCUGCAGCAUUUGCAAAAAGGCUGUUCUGUACACAAGCACUCCACAAAAGAUAAAAACAACUAAACUUUGUGUGAUGAUUUUGAAUGCACUCAAAGAAGUCCAUCCACACAUAGAGUACUUCUCGUUGAAAGUAGACAUUUUCCCUUUUGUAACAACUCAUUGGCGCAUAUUGUCUGUUUUCAAACAACUUCGUGGUUCAAAGUGGAGGAAAGCAUUACUUGAUGCGUUUAACCACUGCACUUUAAUUCAGUCUGGAAAAGGGGUUUGCAAAACACGAGGAUUUUACAAAAUAAAAGAAGCUGAAGACCAAACAGUCUCAUCUUCAGAGGCGUCAGUACGUGCUGAGCUUGCUGAGUCAUUCCGCUGUGUAAGUGUCUCACUCCGUCGUGACGUGUCACUACUUAACAAAGUACAAUUUGUGCGACAUGUUUUGUCGCAAGACGAACAUGCCUUUUUCUUCAAUUCAACUGUUUCAUCAAUCGCAAAGUUCGAGGCAUUUGUUGAAAGCUCAGUACCUCGCCAACAACGUGCUAUCUUGUCAUCUUAUGAUGAGUCUCUUUAA